GGCUUGCUGCGCUCUCUCGCUGUGGCAGGAGGCAUAAGCUGCCUUUCCUGUUCCCGAACCACCGUCUUGUAGUGGCAUGGUUAGAUUUAAAGAAACCUCUUGAGAAAUCGCUUUAAGCGUUCUGUCAGUUCUAUAGGGUUUGGUUUUUUUUUCUUUUACAACUCUGUUGGACUUCUUUAACCUCUUCUCCCAAAGUUUGUGUGAUUCAUUUUCCCUCUAUCCUGAAGCUUCAAAAUCCUCUUCACUGGCCUCAUUGCAACUUCUUGAGGUUCAGCUCAUGGACAAGUUAAUGACUAUUUUCUCUUCCCCCUCUCUUAGUAAAAAAGCUGCUGUGAGUUUUGACAGCUGUUUAGAUCUCUGCAGGGUGGUCCAUCAUAAUUUUCUGCUUAAUGCUUUUCUGGGAAUUAGGAUUAAAUUAAAAUAACAAGGCACCAUGGACAUUCCCCACUCACACACCAUAGUCAAAGCUCAUGGUCUAGGACACCAGACCAAAUAAUUGAUAUACAUAGUUAUUCAAGUGUUGUGUUGUUUGUGGGCUCAGUUACAGCCCUGAUCUAAACAGUCAUGGCAUCAAAAUAUGGGAUUAGAGGAGCAGCCCAUAGGAUGCUUGCCAUUUCCAGGAUCAUUUUGUUAUCUCUGCAUGAAUUGAGCUGGGGUUUUCAUAUUAUGACCCUUUUGGUAACAAAGUCUGUGUUUUUCAUUUUCAUAUGACUUGUUUGUAAAUUUAACUCGCUCUUGAAAUUCCCUGGGGAUGAUACUAACCCUGAUCUCCUCUUCCCUUUCUCCCUAGCUCAAGAAUGGAUAGGAGCAAGAAAUCCUAAUUUGUGCUAAUCUAGAGCCAUGUGAACCAUUCCUCCAAAGUCAGAGAUUCUAGAAAAAAUCUGUGCCCUGGAUUUGUUCCCUCCCUAUUUCCCUGUGUUACCUUAAUGUCUGAGAAAGCAGAGCCCAUGGGAGCAGGAGACUCUCCCAUCACGUUUCUUCCCCAGUAUUCACAGCACAUGCAGAGCAGGCAUGUCUAUUAGGAUGAUGCACAUCACAGCCCAGAGAGGUUAUCAAGAGCCCUAAAUGUACCUGAUUUUAUUUCUCUGUUUUGGUUUCAUAUUUUAUUUCUCCUUUGUCCAUCUGUCACCCCAAGAAGAAACCACAUCUCAGCCUCAGUGAUCACGUUAGGACAGAUAAUGGGUUUAUGGCUGCUGCCAUUUCUGCCUCACUGAGAGCAACAGGGCUAGGUAAUGGACAAAAAGAAGGAAAAAAAAUUUCCUUUCUACCUUCAAUACAACAUUUAAUCCUGAUGAUUGUACACAAAGUCCCACUAUUAGGCUGGCUGUAGAAACCAACUUUGUGGUCAGAAAGAGUUCAACCAAGAUUUAACUUGAUACUCCUACAGAGAAAAUAUUUACACUUAGAAGUUAAAAAAAAAUCCCUGUCUUUAACAGGCAUAUCCAGCUUCUUCUGCUUCCAACCUGAUUUAUAUUGAACCUGAACCUAUACUAUUAAAAUAUCCACUUCUUUGUAUUUUUUAAUAGAAAGCUUGCACUCAUCAUACAAUUACAAAGCUGUACAAAUUAAUGUAGUCGCUAACCCCACAGGUGUACACGUAUUCUCACUCUUUUGUUUAGUUGUAAUUGAGCCUCUUUUACUUUUCCAUUUCUUCCUCUGGUUUUCAUACCAGUUUCUUCUUAUCCAUUUAGCUAUUGUCUUCCCCUCUCUCUCUCUUACUCUUUCCCCUCUCUCUUAUCAUACAGUUUUUGGAGCUUUGUUAGUGCUGACUGCCUCUCUUUCCAUACUCUCCCAGUCCUCCUCGCUCUCUUCUUCCCCUGCACAGCUCUGUGCAUGAGAGGGAAAUCGAGAGAAUAUUAAUUUUGUCCCCUCAUUGCCACAUGUGUACCAGGGGAAUUGCAGUGUGGUGCUGCAAGUGCAUGAAUAAUGUUGGGGAGAAAUGGUGCUUUAGGUUGUUGCAGCACAGUUCCUGGGGUGCCCACAUCCUUCCAUCAGUGCCAGACCUCAGAAAAGUCCUUCUUAAUUGUAUGGUCAGUCAAGAAAAUAAGCUCCAAUAUGUAACUCCAGCUAGAUCUGAGUGAAAUCUGAUGCUGUAAUGAUCUGUGCUUCCAAAUGUAUUUUUGAUACUUUGCUAUAUCCGUAGUUUAUUUCCCACAGGGAAAUUUCAACCAUUUUUCUUUACCCGUUAUCCUUGCUGUGUGACAUUAUUGCUAAAAAACUUUUUCAAAAUUAUUUGGCUUCUGACAGGUUGCAGAAUUAUGGGGUUUAUACAGUCCUGAAUUGACCAUAUGUUUUCUCAAGUUCCUGUUGUUAGUUUGGACAUUACACAAACACUAUAGAACCUCCAUUAUUCAGACACCUUUGAAUGCCCUUUGGCUACAACAGCUACAUGUCCUUUUAGUCUCAGAAGGAAAAUAAUCUUUAAUACACUAUUAUAUUUUGAAACAAAACAUUAUUUUUCUUCUUUUGAAAUCUCAUAUGUACUUUUGGGGUUUUAAGCAAAGUCUAGUUGCAUAGGCACCCAACUCCUACUGUGCAGCAAUAGGCAUUGGAUAACUUAAGAUCUUUUUGCCCCUUCAAAACUUUCAUUUCAUGGUGAGGUUCACUUUGCUGUAUCUGAAUGUGUGCCCUUGCGUAGAGCUUAUGCAGUUGGGUGAGUGACAUUUGAUUAGGCACCAAAUUACAAAAUCAAAUACAAAAUUUGUGGCAAAAGCCUGAAAUAGACAGUUCUAUCAUGUCUUCAUUGAGGGCAUAUUUGGCUCUUUGGGAUUGUCAAAAGAAUUCAGUUUCAGGGACAAAACGUCUUCCAUAGGAGAUUAUGUGACCUAGUGAAAAAUGCUGUUUGGGUGCUUGUGUGAUGUCACAGUUCACAGUUCACAUUUCAGGUAGGUAAUGCCCAAUAUGCAGGGCUUUAAAAAUCAGUGCCAGCCCCUUACACUGGCCCCCAAAAGCUGAUAAAAAUCCUAGGAAAAUAGUGGGUUUUCAGCCAUAGUUUCAAUCAGUAUUCUUAAUCCUCCCAAGUUUAUGGAUGCUACAGAUUCAAAUGCUGGCCAACAAGAGUCUACCUUAUGCAUUCACCUUUUGGGUGAAUUAAAAAUACAAAUAAUUAAAAAUACAAAUAAUUAAAAAUACAAAUAAUCCUAUAAAAUAGACCUAUUAAAAUAUAGCAACCAAUCCAGCUACAAUAACUCAUUCACAUCUCUUGCUAUUGGGCCUGUGCUUUUUAUGUUAUUAUUAUUAUAUUAUACUUAUAUAUAUAUAUAAUUGAAGCUGAAGUAUAUUAUUAUACUUCAACUAAACACUUUUUGCAAAAGGUCACUUCUGUAAUACAGCAAUUUCCUCCAGUGGUGUGAGUGGGCUUGGGCUUUGACUCCUCCUGAGCAGGACUGCAAGUGGUCCUGAGCUCUUGAGGCAUCCAGAGCUCUCAAAAGCUUUUCUUGGAGCUUGAGUCAAUGUGGUGGCAGUUCCUGUUUUUCCAAAUGCUCCUGGAUAGCCUUACAUACAUUUAGGUUGGCCAUUUCAAACUUUAUUGCCUAGAAUUGCGUACCUUGAAAACCAAUCUUGAUAAGAUAGACAUGCCAAGGGCUGCUGAAUGCCAGGAAGUCUGGCUUCACUUCUUUCUGUCUUUUUCCAAGGAUGAGUAGUCCUGCAAUUCUGUGGAGCUGCAGCAUCGUCAGUACUGAAUGACAGCAAUGAGUACAAGCAUACAGGUCAUGAUGCAUUAUAUAUGAAAGAAACUUUACAAGUUUUCUUAAAAGUGCAAAUAUUUAUCCUUUAACAAAAGUCUUCAAAACAGUGCAGGCAACUUGUAUUAAAGAUGGGUGCCUCCCUCCUUUCAUGAGCUACAGAAGUCAGGCCAGCAGUGUGGGCAAGUUAGAUGUAUAGAAGCUUUGUAGCUUUGUAAAAACAUUUUUUGUCAAAAGCUUCCUCAGCUGAAUGGCCGUAUCUGAGUUUCACAAUCUGACUCUUGUCAGAAAGAAAUCUGAACAGGCCACCCCACCAGGAAGACUGAGCAGAUGAGACAUCUACAGAGAGCAACAGCCUCACAUUCACAACUCCUGGUCCUCAGGGGGAACUUCAACCACAGCAGGACAGAAGCAAUCCAAGAGGUUCCUGGAAUCCUUUGAUGAUAACUUCUGCCUCUAAGUGAUAGAGGAGGCAAAGAGGUGCAGUGUGGGCCUUGUUCCCACCAACAAGGAGGGGCUGAUGGGGAAUGUGAAGCCCAAGGGCAGCCUUGGCUGCCAAGACCAUAAAUGAGUUUGAGGACCUCAGGACAGUGAGGAGGGCACACAGCAAGCUCAUUACCCCUGGCUUCAGCAGCCUUUGGUCUUUUCAGGCACCUGCUUGGCAGAGUCCCAGGGCGGAAAGCCCUGGAGGGAAAAGGGGCCCAAGAAAGCUCCAGAUCAGCUCCAAGCUCAGGAGUGAUACAUCCCAAGAAAGAGGAAGGCAGGCAAAUCACCAGGAGGCCUGCAUGGAUGAACAAGGAACUCCUGGACAAACUCAAACACAAAAAGAAGGGAAGAAGGUGGAAACAGAUCAUUUACUCACCUGCCUGUAAAAGUAAUCCCAUCACAUGCAUUUGAAGGACUUCAAGAUGCCUUCAUCAUUGAAAUCUCGCAGAGCGACUCCCUGGAGAGAAUAGAAGCAAGUGCCUUUGACAGCCUUCCCUCCUUGUCUGAAAUGAGCAUUUGUAACACUGGAAUAAGACAAUUUCCAGACCUGACACAGAUCUUCUCAAUGGAAGCUCAUUUUAUUUUGGAGCUCUGUGAUAACUUGCGUAUGACAAUUAUACCACAAAAUGCUUUCCAAGGGAUGAACAAUGAAUCACUGACACUCAAGUUGUAUAAAAAUGGAUUUGAAGAUAUCCACAGCCAUGCCUUCAAUGGGACAAAGCUGAAUCAAUUAAUCCUGAAGGACAACAAGAACCUCAGGCGGAUACACAACGAUGCCCUGAGAGGGGCCACAGGGCCAGAUGUCCUGGAUAUUUCUUCAACAGCCCUGGAGUCCCUGCCUAGUUACGGGCUUGAGGCCAUUCAGGUCUUAAAUGCAACCUCAUCUUACUCAUUAAAGAGGCUGCCACCACUGGAUAAAUUCAGCAGUCUUCUGGAAGCUGUCCUAACAUAUCCCAGCCACUGCUGUGCUUUUCGAAAUCUAAGGACAGAAAGACAGAAUUUGUUGUUUUCCAUUUUUGACAACUUCUCCAAGGAGUGUGAAAGCACCAUGAGGAAACCGACUAACGAAAUGCUCGAUGACUCCAACAACACAUUGCUGUGGUCAGUGGAGAGGAAGACACACCCCUUUGCAACAGAUUAUGAAAGUUCUCCCUACAGCUAUUCAACCAUUUUUGAUGACAGCGAAAUGGCCGGCUUUGACUUUGAGUAUGACUUCUGCCAGCCAAAAGUCCUCACGUGCACUCCAGAACCAGAUGCCUUUAAUCCCUGCGAAGACAUCCUGGGAUACAGCUUCCUCAGAGUGCUGAUCUGGUUCAUAAACAUCCUCGCCAUCGCCGGCAAUUUCACCGUGCUCCUCGUUCUCCUGACCAGCCACUACAAGCUCACCGUCCCUCGCUUCCUCAUGUGCAACCUCUCCUUCGCCGACUUCUGCAUGGGGCUGUACCUGCUGCUCAUCGCCUCCGUGGACGCCCAGACCAGCGGGCAGUACUACAACCACGCCAUCGACUGGCAGACGGGCAGCGGCUGCAGCACGGCCGGCUUCUUCACGGUGUUUGCCAGCGAGCUGUCGGUGUACACGCUGACGGUGAUCACCCUGGAGCGCUGGCACACCAUCACCUACGCCAUGCAGCUGGACCGCAAGCUGCGGCUGCGGCACGCCGUGCCCAUCAUGCUGGGGGGCUGGCUCUUCUCCAUCGGGAUAGCCCUGCUGCCUCUCUUCGGGGUCAGCAGCUACAUGAAGGUUAGCAUCUGUUUGCCCAUGGAUAUCGAAACGGGCCUGUCCCAAGCCUACAUCCUGUUGAUCUUGGUGCUGAAUGUUGUUGCCUUCGUUGUCAUUUGUGCUUGCUACAUCAAGAUUUACAUUGCUGUGCAGAACCCAGAGCUGGUAGCUGCCAAUAAAGACACCAAGGUCGCCAAGAGAAUGGCAAUACUGAUCUUCACGGAUUUCACCUGCAUGGCCCCCAUCUCCUUUUUUGCCAUAUCCGCUGCCUUCAAAGUUCCUCUCAUCACAGUGACCAACUCCAAGAUCCUGCUGGUUUUAUUUUACCCCGUCAACUCCUGCGCAAACCCCUUCCUCUACGCAAUUUUCACCAAAGCAUUUCGGAGGGAUUUCUUCCUGCUCCUGAGCAAGCUUGGUUGCUGCAAGAGCCGAGCAGAGCUCUACAGGAUGAACUAUUUCUCUGCUUAUAACUCCAACUGCAAGAAUGGUGGCACAGCCACAGCCCCCACCAAAGCCUCCCAAGCAUUCCUCCUCCUGUCAGCCUUAGAGAAGCCCCAUCCUGCAUCACGGGACAAGACAUCUCACAAGGGAAAUUUACCCAGAGUGCCAAGUUACCCUUCGCAAGGCCAGUUGUGAUUAUCUUAGUGACUAGGGACUGUUUUACAGUGUCUUGAAUAUUUCAUAAUAAAUAAAAAUGCCAGUCAAUAAUUCUUAUGCAACAUAACUGUUCUGACAUCCAAAGUGGUCUUUUCCCUUCUCUCCCUUUGUGAUGAUAGGUGUGGAAUGCAGCUAUAAGGCAAAACUUUUCUGUAUGGGGAACCAGAAGAGUCCAGGAGUAGUCAAGUUCUCUUGAAGCUAUCAGUUACUGCAGUGAUUGCAGCCUGCCUUCUUUUUCUCCAGAUCUGCUUCCCUGAAGUGUUUAAAGCCUGUUUGCUACCUUUCAUGGCUUCUUUUUUCAUUCCUAUCAGCUCUGCUGGCAUUGUUAGUUUAAAGAAAGAAGCACUAAACUAGAUGCCUCCAUUUCAUCAACAGAAACUUCCAAUUACACAGCCACCUACACACAGUUAAAGAAGAGCAUUCAAGCAAUAGGCUGUAAAGAUGUCACCAAAGAGGAAAGUUUAUCUAUUGAACCUUUGUCACUGGCAAUUUUGCAGUUUACAUUAGAUAUCAGUCUGAGCUGGUGGGUAGUUUACUUAAAUUAUUAACCCAUGCACAGCCGUGUGUGAUCUGGAAAUCACAAGAGAUGCAAAAAUCACAAGAGACCCCCUCUGCUGCACACAGGACUCAAUUUAGGCUAUCACAUGUUCACACACACAAAUCAGGUAAAGGGUCCCUCUCGGCAGCAGGAGAGCUGCUUCCUGCACAGGCAAGGAAGUGCUGCCUUCUUUUCCCUCCUGGGAGAAUUUCGGGAAUGAUUUCCUCCUUUCCACUCUCUGACAUCACCAGGGCCUCUUCAGCACACACAAUCCAACUCUAUUCCCAGGUGAUGAAGCAGAGUAGCGGAGUAGUUACCUUUUGGUGACAAUGUUUUCCUAUUAACCAAUUAUUUCACUAUUCAUUGCCUGAUGCUAAGUGAUCAUGCUAAAUGCCUGGUCCAGAUUUGUGACUGCACUGAUAAUUUAAGUAAGUGCAGAGUCUGAUACAUAAGAGAACAUUGCAAUCACUUUAAACCUUUUAUAUUCUCCUUUUCAGCUAAGUCCUAUGCUUUCAAGUCUGUGACAGCAACUGAGUUCCAAAGCACUCCUCUUGUUGCCAAAACACUGCACCACCAGCUAAAUUUGCUUCACGUUAAUGAAAGCAAUUCUUUGUACCAGUGACUGGUCUAUCAUUAGUACAUAAUUGUGAUAAUUAGAAAUAACAUCUCUGACCCACUCUUACCUUCAGCAUAACGCCAUGCUUUCAAUCAGUGCAAAAGCUCUUGAUGUAAGCACAGCUGUGCUCACGAGCAGUUCCACAGGUGGGGAAUGAAGCAGGAUUGAGAACAGAGGAGACUCUUAAAACUCUGUGCUUUAGCAAUCAAUACAAAUUUCAUUUGAUGCACCUCUUUACACACAGCAGCCCCUGAGCUUAGCUAACAAUAAUCAAAUAGGACUGUGAAAGGAUAUCUAAAUAUAAUACAGCCAAAGGUACUGGCAUAAAAAAAUAGCUACUGGGCCUAAAACUUCUCUGUCACCCAUACCAAAACUGAUUUUUGAGCUUCAUUUUUUCUGACAUCCCACGGAAGAGUCCUGCACAUGAUUUAGGACAUGACAGCACAAUAUCUUAAGUGAGCAACUGAUUUACUUGCAUUAUGUUUGAACAGGACAAGAGCUUGCCAGCACACCCUCCCUACCACAUAACAUGGUCAGGAAACCACAGGCAAGGGAAAUGAGUUAGAAUUAACAACAACUGAUAGCACCUGCCCUACAGAGCCUCAGAGGUAACAGCCAAGCAGCAAGAGAGUCUCUGUGGACAUUUUUCUUUUUGUACCUGCUGCAAGGGAAGUGAAAUCCACUAUUUACAAAAUUGCUGUUUAAAAAAACCUGACAAAACAUCAAACGUAAUUUAAAUACUUAAAAUCUGUCUAUGCAUAAAAGUAAGUAAAUAAGUAAAACUUUAAUAAGAGAUUUAGAUUCAUGACAGAGCUUCUCAUACAAGUUACUCUUGUUAUUCCAUCUCAUUAUUUUUACUUUACCUUCUUUGUGGUGUAAAGUUUUAGACAGCCAUUUACUGAAGCAUCUUUGAAGGCCAUUACUGGUAUUACACACCUCAUCCUGUCACAUCUGCAGCAAUAUGUCUCCUAAACUGUAGUAGCAGCAAUCAAAAACAUUAAUUUGUAAACUAUUUAGAUCAAAAGCACUGAUUACUGUUCAAGUCACAUGAUAGAGCUUACAUUUUAAUAAGAAACAAUUUUUCAGUAUAAAAAUUCCUGACAUCAGGUGUAUUUAGUUGCAAAUGCCUUGUUCAAAGCUGUAAUUCUUUACUAAUGUUAUCUUUAAAACUAGCUAAAAACUAAGUGCUCUUUAGCAACUACAUUUUAUAGUGACCAGGAAAAACAGGCCAAAUUCAGAAGCACCACUGAGAGCCUUUGUGGUGCUAAGUGAAUGGUGCAUAUCCAGUCCUGUCCCAUGGAUUCCUGUGCCACACUACCUCUGCUCCAGUCUUUUCUGACACUGGAAAUGGUCCCAACAGUUCAUAAUGUGCACAUUUACAGAGCAUGAGCACCUCAGAGCCUGUGAGAGAGUGCUGAAACCUAAAAGCAUCUAUCAUGUGGUAAGAGCUGCAUUUUUUGUGCAUUUAUGGGUCUGAAGCGUAGCAUCAGUGCAGCUACAAGUCAUCUGAAUGGGGAAAAAGAAAUCAUACACUGGAAUAUUUUAACUGCCUCUGAACACACAAUUCUUCACAUUCCAACAGCAGCAUCUAUAAAAGACAAAAGGAAUGUCACACUUGGUUCAAGUGCUCUAGUUCAGGGUCCUGUCUUUGACACUGGAGAGUAGCAGAUGCAUCCAAAAAAAGCAUGUAAUAGACUCAAUUUUUAAAGAAGUACUUCCUGCCUUAUGACAUUAGCACAAGGGUUUGCACCAUUAUGAACAAGGGCUGGGAUUUUUCCCUUCAUUUCUUCCAUUUAUUUAUUCUCUCCCACUCUCAGAUUUUUCUUUCCCUUCUCCCAGCCUCUGCACCCUCUCAGGGAUUAGAGAUAAGCAAAAUGCCUCACAAUGUCUCAUUCCAGCAGCCAUGGGAGCAGCAGCCAAGGGGGAGGUGUGCCUUAGUGCAGCACUGCCCUUCCAGCAGGAUGAUCCUGUUCUGAGGCAGCCUGGCUGCAGCUUUACCAUGGAAUUGCCCUACAAGGAACAGGAGCCAGCCAGGGAAAAGCCACAGCUCUGAAAGACAAGGGCCCAAAGCUGCUUUUUGGACUUUUAUUUCUAGAAGAACUAACAAAAAGUUCAUUUUGGGAGGAAUGCAGUUCUCAUGGCAGGGUGAGCUACUGGCACGUGCAAGGCUUGUACCCAUUUCUCUAAGCAGAGUUUAUAUUGAGGGAACAAAAACAACUCUGUGCUAGAAAUGUAUUUGAGAUGACACUUUUAUUAUUAUGCACAAUUUGUAUCAUUCACAGCUUACUGGUCUGUAGUCCUAGAACAAAGUGGAGAUGUACAGUAGCAAACUUAAAUGACUUUGCAUUGACAGUGAAAAUAAAUCACAUUUUAACGUUACAUCACACUACUCACUGCAUCUCAGUAGACAUAGCUAGUACAGAGUAAACAAUAAUAAUUCUCAUAUAUUGAGAGCUCCAGGAUCUUUCCCAGACAUUUCCCUUAUUGUAUCUAGAGUGCAUGUCCUUAAACUGAAGUCCAAAAAACACAAAACUAAAAAAAAAAAAAUCAAGAAAAGUGAGCAGCUGAAACAGCCACAGGUUCAGACUUGCAUAGAUAUUACUUUUUUUUUUUCAACUCAAAAGUCUUUGAAAAGAAUAACACAACAGUGUAAUUUUAUAUUUCAACUCACAACUCAGCUUUUAAGAGCUGGGGAAAAAAACAACAGAACUAAAACUUAUUUGAUUAUAACCAAUAAGUAGUUCUUUACUAAUUACUAAGUAUUUCUUUACCUUCUGGAAUUACGAACACAUAUAACACUUCAAACUUUAAAGCUAUUCAUUCCAAUGAUGCUUCUUCAUUGGAAAAAAUGAAAUAAUCAGAAAAGAACAGCAAAGACACCUGAGUAGCUAACAGUACAGUGGUUUAGUUUGCAAACUAAACAGAUUAACACCACAAAUUAACAACAGAUUUUGCAUCUUUUUUCAUCAGAGAUUUGUUGUUUUGGAGUUUGAAUUUUUUUCAGUUUUGGUUGUUUGUUGUUUUUUGGGGUUUUUUUAUGGCACAACAAUAGAAAGUCCAAUUGUUUCACAAAAGGCUUAUAAGGAAAUCAUGCCACAGCCUUCAAGGACAUACUGGAGUGAAGUUUCACCACUCUGCAUCUCCAG